AUGGCAGACCACACAGCUUGCCACCUACGUCGAAGCAUCGAUGAAGGAACAACUACUUCAGCGGGCGACGCUAUAUCCGGUUACAACAACCUUUGGCCGGGCAUCCUUACUUCAAAUGAUCACAGUUUUCUGAAACGAGUAUUCCAAUCGCACGGCAAUGCUUUCUUCAUUGGUUGCGGUCUGGAGAAACUGGACGAUUCUCUGUGUGAGGGAUCCGCUAGCACGUCGAGCCCCAUUCAUCUUAUCCUUACCUGGAUCGGUACAGAGUUGGUAUUACGUGGUACAACCGAUACCACUCAUGUCCGAUGGUACAAAGGUAUAAAAGUCUUCCUACGCAUAGCAUUACCUGACCGCCUUUUUGGGAUCAAAGUGGGUGAUAUGAGCCCGUAUGUUUCGCUGGACAGCUCAACCUGCAUAGUGUAUCUCAAGGACGACAACCCCAAGUUGCGCAGAAUCGCUCUACACCGGAACCAAUACGAUCCUCCCGACAUGCCUCCAUUUAUAUAUGAGUUCAAUCUUGACAACUUGCGCAUGCAAGGUAUGUCUGAGAUAACGUGGCAUAUCAAGGCGGACAGCAUGCCUCAUCUGAUGCCUCUCCUUAUGGCAAUAAAGAAAGGGGAUGGACUCUUUCAAGACCUGCUUAGCCACCACACGAUGCAAGCAAAAGACGAGGAUAGCCGUACGCCGCUCUCAUGGGCCGCAGGGCUUGGGCGCAACGCCAUCGCACAGCGACUGAUUGAAGAAGACGCUGAGCUGGAUGUCCCAGACAAAAAUGGGCGCACGCCACUGUCAUGGGCGGCAGGUAAUGGCCACAAGGACAUCGUCGGGAUGCUCCUAUAUGCAGGAGUUACUCAAGAGCCCGACAACGAAGACAAAGUCCCGCUGGCUUGGGCAGCGGAGAGGGGCCACUGCUCAAUUGUUGAAAUGCUCUUAGACGGCCCUUUUGAUGACAGACUGCCUCUGAUCCUUGCGGCUGAAAAUGGACAAGCGGCAGUUCUAGGCCUACUGCUUGACAAUUUUGAUCUGGAAAGCAGAGAUAUCCGUGACAAUAAAACGAUUCUUGAGUGGGCAGUCGACGCCAACAAUGAGAAGUUUGUGCGGACGUUACUCGAUAAAGGAGCCGAUGCUCAUGCUUUGGAUGAGUUUGGUAAUACUCCCAUAUCCCGAGCAAUAGGCCUCGGCCACGAGUCCAUCGUGAUGGCCCUGAAUAUGACCAGGAAAUCAGUGGCUCCGUGGACAAUACUUCAGGACCAUACGGACAGAGUUAGCUCCGUAGCCUUUUCGCCCAACGGCAAGUUAGUGGCAUCAGCGUCCGAGGACAAAACAAUAAUUCUGUAUGCCACCGAUACAGGAGAACGACGAGCUACGCUUGAUCAGCACGGAAGCAAGAUCUUUGCGAUGACCUUCUCGCCUGAUGGCAACCUGAUAGCGAUUGCAUCAGAUGAUAGAACAGUCACAUUAUGGGCCGUUGGUACAGGCCAUCUCCAGGCCACGUUCGAAGGAUAUAUGGACUUCAUGACCACUAUAGCGUUCUCACCAGAUGCCAAGUUCGUCGCUGCAGCAUCGCAAGACUACGAUGAAGUGAUCAUGUGGGAGACUGACACCGGCCAGAGUCAAACGCUUGGAGGUGUCGGGGACGCCGCACAGGUCUUUUCGGUAGCAUUCUCAUCCAAAGGGAUGCUAUUGGCGUCAGCGCAUGACGAGAGCGUAGUUUUAUGGGACCUUCAGAACGGAGAACCUCAGCUUACAUUUACAGGCCAUACAGGUUGUGCCAACUCGGUGGCAUUCUCGCCUGACGGGAAGUUUAUGGCGUCAGCGUCAGAUGAUAUGACAGUGAUGAUAUGGAAAAUUGAGAAUGGCGAGACUCAGAUGAAACUAUGCCAUCCAGACCUGGUUGAUUCGGUCGCAUUCUCGCCCGACGGUCAGUUCGUGGCAUCGAGUUCAGACAGCAUAGUCUACAUCUGGAAUGUCACUAGCGGCGAGCAACAAGCUAGAUUAACAGGCCAUAAUGACCGUGUGGUCUCGGUCGCAUUUUCACCAGAUGGAAAACUUGUGGCAUCAGGGUCAGACGAUAAAACCAUGAUUCUUUGGGCUGGCUACAUGAGCGAAUGA